AUGAGCAGUGCUGAUCAGAAAAGGAUGUAUCAAACGCGACGGAAAACAGUCGAUAAUAAUGCGUAUUACAAACUACUGGGAUUGAGUCGUGAUGCUUCCGAAAGCGAUGUCAAAAAGGCGUAUAAAAAGAUGGCUUUCAAGUACCACCCGGACAGACCGGAAGGAGAUGCUGAAAAAUUCAAGGAAAUUUCAGAAGCUUACGAAGUCCUCAGCGAUGCGGAUAAGCGACGUAUUUACGACCAGUACGGUGAGGAGGGGCUGAACGGUGCUGGCCCUUCCCCUGGUGGCGCUGGUCCUGGUGGGAACCCUUUCGCCGGUGCUGCGGGAUUUCAAGAUCCGUUUGAUCUAUUCGCACAGAUGUUUGGAGGCGCUGCUGGUGGUGGUGGGCGUAGACCGCAUUAUGGUGGACAAGAGCAAGUUUUAAGAAAAACACCAGAUGUUACUUAUGCGAUGCCAGUGACACUAGAGCAGCUUUAUAAAGGGUUUACUCAGCGGGUUAAACAUCUUCGGGAGAAGAAGUGUGCUUCUUGUGACGGUUUCGGAGCGCACAGGUUCGAUCCCUGCACUCGUUGUGAUGGUACUGGAAUUGUUGUUGAAACUCGACAGAUGGGAUAUACUUUAUUUCAACAGCAAUCGCCUUGUCCAGCAUGCAAAGGGGAGGGGUGUAAGAUACCUAAAGAUGCGCUUUGUAAGGCUUGCAACGGCAAGGGGUAUACAAAAGAGGAGGAAAUUCUAACGGUUAGCGUUCCUCCUGGUGUUGAAGAUUAUCAUACUAUCACCUUCCCUGGGAAAGCUUCUGAAAGGGUCCAACAUCAAACUGGUGAUGUUGUCAUUACUCUCGUGCCAUCUACGUCACCAUCAUCACCUUCCCAGUUUGCGCAUAGACUCUCUCACGAUUUGGUUUUGGACAGAAGCAUUACUUUGGCUGAGGCUUUGUGUGGUUUCUCAUUCCCUUUGAGGCACCUAGAUGGUGAUUCCUACGAGGUUGAGAGUAAUGAUAGUACAGCUGUGGUCCGUCCUGGUGAUAUGUGGGUCUUGAAGGGUAUGGGGAUGCCUGUACCUGCUAAUGCUGCUGUUGAUAAUAAGGGAGGAAAAUAUGGAGACAUGUAA